AGGAUCAGAAAAUCCCACUUCUCAGCCCUCCCAUCCCUCUCGCCUCUGUGUAAAAGCAAGGUUGGCAGACCCGCAGUUUGAUACAGAUAUAAGGACAGACGAUCAUCUCUCUUCUGUACAGGUUUGAUUAGAUCAUGGAUAACAGCACCUUGGGAUUGCCCAGAGAUGUUAACAUAUCCCUUCAGUCCUGUACGACACUGAGGAACCAAGCCUCUCGCAUUUUCCUAUAUGUUUUCCUCUCUGCUGGUAUCGUCUGCACAGUGGUGGGCAACUUCCUGGUUGUUUUGUCCAUUGCCUAUUUCAAGCAAUUGCAGUCACCCACAAACUCCUUUGUCAUGUCCCUGGCAGUGGCUGACUGCCUUGUUGGUCUGUUAGUGAUGCCUUAUAGUAUGAUUCGGACCAUGGAGGGAUGCUGGUACUUUGGUGUCCUUUUUUGUCGGCUUCACUCUAGCCUAGAUGUCAUGCUCUGCACUGCCUCCAUAUUUCAUCUCAGCUGUAUUGCCUUUGAUCGCUACUACGCUGUCUGCAACCCACUACUUUACACCUUAAAGAUGUCCCACAGUCGGGUAGGUCUACUUAUUGUUGUAUGUUGGGCUGUUCCCAUGCUCAUUUCCUUUGGCCCCAUAAUGCUUAAUCUACAUGUUGCUGGUGUGGACAUCCUGCUCCCUCAAGAUGUAUGCGUGUUCUUAGUCAAUCGCAUUUAUGCUGUCAUGGCCUCUUUGGUAGCCUUUUACUUGCCAAUGGCUACCAUGCUAGUAGCCUACUGGAAGAUAUUCAAAGCUGCCAAACGGCAGGCCAGGCAGAUCAGUGCCAUGGAAAGUCAGAUGGCUGCUGGGGUAGGCAAAGACUCAAGCAAGAAACAAAGACACCGAAAUACUAUGAGGAGGGAAAGAAAGGCGGCUAAAACUUUGGGUAUCAUCAUGGGAGUCUUCCUAAUCUUCUGGAUGCCUUUCUUUACAGUCAACAUCGUGGACCCGUUCAUUGAAUACAGCACAGAGGUGGUCAUCUGGGAUAUAUUUUUGUGGCUAGGCUACAUCAACUCAUCUCUAAAUCCUUUCCUGUAUGGCUUCUUCAACCGUUCCUUCCGUAGGGCAUUCCUCAUGUUUAUUGGCUGCAGGGUAUGCCUGCCUGGGUCUUCCCCUGGGAUGGAACUGUCACACACAAAGAAGGAGGCAAAUGAUCGUGCAGAUCAACCGUAAAAUAACCAUCUGUAUAUAUUGUGGAGGCGUACAAAGAUCUGUAAAUAGCAAGCGCUACAUUUGUGUGAAUCAGUGGCACUAUUCUGUACAAUUUGUGGAGUGCUCCAACCACAAAUUUUGUCAAUAGCAUGGAAAAAUGUAUGUUUAAAUAGAAAGAAUUCCAAUUACUCUUGAAAUAAUUAGUGAAGUUGGCCACCAACCAUGCUGUUAACUUUGUUGUAUAAAAUCAUUCAUCAAUCAUCAAUUUUCCUCCCUUGUGCUCCAUGGCGUGUAUUUUGUUAUUUGAUUUUGUGGCAACAAAAGAAUAUGAU